AGAUUAAAAAAAAAAAGAUAGAGAGAAGAGAUAAGAAGAGUCUCUGUGUGUAAUCCUCCUCUCAAAAAAAAAAAAGACAAAUAAGAUUAUUAUGUUACCCGUUACAAAAACAACGAAGAGAGCUUUCUCCGGCGACUUAACUCCGGGAAGAAAACGCCGGCGAUGUGUUGAUGUCGUUCUUUCCUCUGUUUCUCCCCCGCCGGAAAGUGUUGUUGAUGUGGGUGUUGGUGGCGGUGUAGAUUUGUUAGAUUCAAUCCCUGACGAUCUUGUUGUGUCUAUCCUCUGUAAACUUGGCUCUUCUUCACGAUGUCCUGCUGAUUUCAUCAACGUUUUGAUGACAUGUAAGAGAUUAAACGGAUUAGCUAUGAACCCUCUCGUGUUGUCGAAGUUGUCUCCUAAAGCUAUUGCUGUUAAAGCUCAUAACUGGUCGGAAGAUUCUCACCGGUUUUUAAAACGGUGUGUCGACGCCGGAAGUCUCGAAGCUUCUUACACUCUAGGAAUGAUUCGCUUUUAUUGUUUACAAAACAGAGGAAACGGCGCGUCGUUGAUGGCUAAAGCCGCGAUUAGUUCUCACGCGCCGGCUUUGUAUUCGUUAGCCGUGAUUCAGUUCAACGGAAGCGGUGGUUCCAAGAACGAUAAAGAUCUUAGGGCCGGUGUGGCUUUGUGUGCGCGUGCGGCUUUUCUUGGACACGUCGAUGCGUUGCGCGAGCUUGGUCACUGUCUUCAAGAUGGUUAUGGUGUUCCUCAAAACGUGUCCGAAGGUCGUAGGUUUCUCGUUCAAGCCAACGCACGUGAGCUCGCCGCCGUUUUAUCUUCCGGGGUACAAGAUAGGCCAACGUGGCUCACUUUAGCACAGCCACCUCCAGCUCCUAACCAUGGACAAGGAUGUCCUUUGCUUAGCGAUUUCGGGUGUAAUGUACCGGCACCGGAGACGCAUCCGGCGAAUAAGUUUUUGGCUGAGUGGUUCGCCGUACGCGGCGGAGAUUAUCCCGGAGAUGGGUUGAGGUUGUGUUCACACGCUGGAUGUGGACGGCCGGAGACGAGGAAGCAUGAGUUUAGGAGGUGUUCGGUUUGUGGCGUUGUGAAUUAUUGCUCACGCGCUUGUCAAGCUUUGGAUUGGAAGCUCCGGCAUAAGAUGGACUGUGUCCCGGUUGAACGGUGGCCUGAUGAAGUUGAAGGUGGUGAAGGUAACGUUCAGAUUGACGGUAAUGGUAACGGUGAUAAUGUUUUGCUUCCAAUGAGUUAACGGCAAUGUAACGGCUGCUUUGAAUAGUAAAAAAAAAAAACGACGCGAGAGAUGAAGGUAAAAAAACGGAAGCUUGGUUCAUUUUUUUUUUUGCUAUUAGUGGAAAAGAUUAGGAUAAAAAUAUUACUAUCGACUAUCGAGCUGAGUAAUUUUUGUAAUUCCAAAUCGACUGUAAAGAGGAGUUAUAAAUGAACGGCCUUUUUUUUCA